CCUCAGCCUCGUCCCCUUCCUCCUCCUCCUCCACGUCCACCCGGCUGGAGGGUCUGGGCACUACAGCCAGAGCACCCCCUACUUUGGCGGCGACUGCUAAUAUUGGCCCAGCCAGCGGAUCAUCGUCCGGGCAGUUUCGGCAGAGAGCCUUGGGCACCAGUGACUCCCCAGUCCUCUUUAUCCACCGUCCAGGAGCUGCAGGGACUGCGCAGCGACUAGAAUACAGAGGCCGAAGAGUCACCGCUGAGCUUGUGCGGGAGGAGGUUGAUUCCAGCCUUCAGCCCCAGAGCCCUGCAUCUCCUCCAGCUCAGCUCCCUGCCCAGCCUAUCCCCCAGACGGAGCCCCAGCAGGCCAGAGAAGCCCGAGAACCCAGCCCUGAGAUACCAAUGGGGAUCCCAAUGGGGAAGUCGAUGCUGGUGCUACUCACCUUCUUGGCCUUCGCCUCGUGCUGCAUUGCUGCUUUCCGCCCCAGUGAGACCCUGUGCGGCGGGGAGCUGGUGGACACCCUCCAGUUUGUCUGUGGGGACCGCGGCUUUUACUUCAGACUUCCAGGCAGACCUGCCAGCCGCGUGAACCGCCGCAGCCGUGGCAUUGUUGAAGAGUGUUGCUUCCGCAGCUGCGACCUGGCCCUUCUGGAGACCUACUGUGCCACCCCCGCCAAGUCCGAGAGGGACGUGUCGACCUCUCCGACCGUGCUUCCGGACACCAUCCCCAGAUCCUCCGUGGGCAAGUUCUUCCAAUAUGACACCAGGAAGCAAUCCACUCAGCGCCUGCGCAGGGGCCUGUCUGCACUCCUGCGUGCCCGCCGGGGUCGCAUGCUCGCCAGGGAGCUCGAAGCGUUCAGAGAGGUCAAGCGUCACCGUCCCCUGAUCGCCCUGUCCACCCAAGACCCCGCCCACGGGGGUGCCUCUCCUGAGAUGUCCAGCAAUCAGAAGUGAGCCAAAUUGUUGUAAUUCUGCACCUAGUACCAUCAACCUGUUACCUCCUGUUGACCAGGGAUAUUCCAUCAUGUCCCACCACUAAAAUCUCUCUGUCCCAUUUCCCCCUCAGCGGGCUUCUUCCAACCCUAGCCCCCAUGCCCCGCCUCCCCAAAUCAGGCUAUUCUUUCCCCAGCCCCCCUCCAUCGGGCUGAGGGAAUCACAGUAACAUCUUCAAAAAUAUACAAAAUCAAUUGGCUUAAACAUCCCCCCAAACCCUCUCCCCAAAUUAUCCCCCAAAUUAUCCCCACAUUGUAUAUAUAUAUAAACAUUUAAAAAUUGAAAAAUAAAGCCCCAACCCACAUACACACAUACACACACCAGCCCCUUUUAAAACUAAUUGUCUUUUUAAAACACCAGAAAAGCUAACCAGAAAAAUUACUAAUAACUAAAAAAAUCAAUUGGCUGAAAAAAUACUAAAAGAAGAAUUGACUUAGAAACAAUUGGCAAAAUAAAGGAAUUUGGCAUGCCCCCA